AUGUCUUUCCUCCAGGAUCCCAGUUUCUUCAGCAUGGGAAUGUGGUCCAUUGGUGCGGGGGCCAUUGGAGCCGCUGCCUUGGCACUGCUCCUGGCCAACACAGACAUGUUUCUGGCCAAGCCCCAUAAAGCAGCAUUGGAGUAUCUGGAGGACAUAGACCUGAAAACACUGGAGAAGGAUGCAGUAACUUUUAAAGCAAAGGCACUCUGGGAGAAGAAUGGAGCUGUGAUUAUGGCUGUGCGGAGGCCAGGCUGCUUCCUCUGUCGGGAGGAGGCUGCAGAUUUGUCCUCCCUGAGGUCCAAGUUGGACGAGCUGGGCGUCCCCCUCUAUGCAGUGGUAAAGGAGCACAUCAAGAAUGAAGUUAAGGACUUCCAGCCUUAUUUCAAAGGAGAAAUCUUCUUGGAUGAAGAGAAAAAGUUCUAUGGCCCACAGAGACGGAAGAUGGUGUUCAUGGGAUUUGUCCGUCUGGGCGUCUGGCGAAACUUCUUCCGGGCCUGGAAUGGAGGCUUUUCUGGAAACCUUGAAGGCGAGGGCUUCAUCCUUGGGGGAGUCUUUGUGAUGGGACCAGGAAAGCAGGGCAUUCUUCUCGAGCACCGAGAAAAGGAAUUUGGAGACAAAGUAAACCUGACUUCUGUUCUGGAAGCUGCUAGGAAGAUCAGACCACAGACUUCAGCCUCAGAGGAAAAAUGA